AUGGAGUACCAAUACACCAACGAUACCUAUCCUGUUGUGGUGUUCAUACAUGGAGGAGAUUUCCAGUCAGGAGGAGGAAGUGACUACUCCCAGCAGGCAAUUCUCGAUAAUUUUGUGUCGCGAAAAAUUAUCUUUGUUACCUUCAACUACAGACUUGGGCCUCUAGGGGGCAUGAAACGAACACUGCGGUCGAACUCUGAAAAAGGACAGUUUGUGGCAAAAAAGAACCAAGGGUAG